CAAGCCUGAGAAGCUGGACAAGCCAGAAAGCUGUGACAAUGUCAAGGUGGUUGUUCGCUGCCGGCCCCUCAAUGACCGGGAGAAAGCUACAGGCUACAAAAUGGCAGUGAACGUGGAUGAGAUGAGGGGAACUAUAACUGUUCACAAAACAGACUCAUCCAAUGAGCCUCCGAAGACAUUCACAUUUGACACAGUGUUUGGACCAGAGAGUAAACAGCUGGAUGUCUACAAUUUAACAGCAAGACCCAUUAUAGAUUCUGUCCUAGAGGGAUACAAUGGCACUAUUUUCGCAUAUGGGCAGACUGGAACAGGCAAAACCUUCACCAUGGAAGGGGUCCGAGCAGUUCCUGAGCUCAGAGGCAUCAUUCCCAAUUCCUUUGCCCACAUAUUUGGUCACAUUGCCAAGGCAGAGGGGGAUACAAGGUUUUUGGUUCGUGUCUCUUACCUGGAAAUUUACAAUGAGGAAGUGCGGGACCUGCUGGGGAAAGACCAGACACAGAGGUUAGAGGUGAAAGAGAGACCUGAUGUGGGAGUUUAUAUCAAAGACCUUUCAGCUUAUGUUGUAAACAAUGCAGAUGAUAUGGACAGAAUCAUGACUCUGGGCCACAAGAACCGUUCUGUUGGUGCCACAAACAUGAAUGAGCACAGCUCUCGCUCACAUGCCAUCUUCACUAUCACCAUAGAGUGCAGUGAGAAGGGGGUGGAUGGGAACAUGCAUGUGCGCAUGGGCAAGCUGCACCUCGUUGACCUUGCUGGUUCUGAAAGACAGACAAAAACUGGAGCCACAGGGCAGAGACUGAAGGAGGCCACUAAGAUCAACCUCUCUCUCUCCACACUGGGCAAUGUUAUCUCUGCACUGGUGGAUGGCAAGAGCACCCACGUGCCCUACCGUAACUCCAAACUCACACGGCUGCUGCAGGACUCCCUGGGGGGCAACUCCAAAACCAUGAUGUGUGCAAACAUCGGACCAGCAGACUACAACUACGACGAGACCAUCAGCACUCUCAGGUAUGCAAACAGAGCUAAGAACAUAAAGAACAAGGCCAGGAUUAAUGAGGAUCCCAAGGAUGCUAUGCUCCGCCAGUUCCAAAAAGAAAUUGAAGAGCUUAAGAAAAAACUGGAAGAAGGGGAAGAGAUCUCUGGUUCUGAAACCAGCGAUUCUGAAGAGGAGGAUGAAGAUGGGGAGAUUGGAGAGGAGAAGCGAAAGAAGCGGCGGGGCAAAAAGAAAGUUUCCCCUGAUAAGAUGGUAGAGAUGCAAGCAAAGAUUGAAGAGGAGAGAAAAGCUCUUGAAACUAAGCUUGAUAUGGAAGAAGAAGAAAGAAAUAAAGCCAGAGCUGAACUGGAGAAGAGAGAAAAAGACCUGCUCAAAGCUCAGCAAGAGCACCAGUCCCUGUUGGAGAAACUGUCUGCAUUAGAGAAGAAGGUGAUUGUGGGAGGAGUGGACUUGCUGGCAAAAGCAGAGGAGCAAGAGAAGCUUCUAGAAGAGUCAAACAUGGAGCUGGAAGAACGAAGGAAGAGAGCAGAGCAGCUUCGCAAGGAGCUGGAGGAGAAGGAGCAAGAACGCUUGGACAUCGAGGAGAAGUACACCAACCUCCAGGAGGAAGCACAGGGGAAAACCAAAAAACUGAAGAAAGUUUGGACCAUGCUUAUGGCUGCAAAGUCAGAGAUGGCAGAUCUACAACAAGAGCAUCAGAGAGAGAUUGAAGGGUUGCUUGAAAACAUUCGGCAGCUGAGCAGGGAGCUUCGUCUUCAGAUUCUCAUCAUAGACAAUUUCAUUCCUCAGGACUACCAGGAAAUGAUUGAGAACUACGUUCACUGGAAUGAAGACAUAGGAGAGUGGCAGCUGAAAUGUGUUGCAUAUACAGGAAACAAUAUGAGGAAACAGACACCUGUCUUGGAUAAAAAAGAGAAAGAUCCCUUUGAAGUGGACCUUUCCCAUGUUUACUUAGCUUACACUGAAGAAAGCUUGAGGCAAUCUCUGAUGAAGCUGGAGAGGCCAAGAACUUCAAAAGGAAGAUCCAGGCCCAAGACUGGUAGAAGAAAACGUUCGGCCAAGCCAGGAGCUGUCAUUGAUUCCCUGCUGCAGUAGUGUGACCUGGUCAGAAUUCCUGUAAAAAUCA